AGCCGCGGGCCUCUUCCACCGGGGCGUUCGUGCUCCCUGGGCCUCGGGCGCGGAGCCCCGAUCCCCGGGGCGCCGGCUGGAGGAGCAGCGUCAUCGACACCCCCUCUACUCGCGCCGGGACCUUCCUCCGUGAGGGGGGUUAACUGGACAACAUGAGUGGCAGCAACUUGGGCCGAAACGACGAGUUUGAUGAGCAGUUGCGGCUGCAAGAAUUGUACGGGGACUCCAAAGACGACCCCCAGAAAAACGCCACCGGGGACCCUGAGGCUUUGGGGCAAGCACCCGCCGACACCCCUUAUGAAUGGGACCUGGACAAGAAAGCCUGGUUCCCCAAGAUUACUGAUGAUUUCAUUGCUACGUAUCAAGCCAAUUAUGGCUUUUCCAAUGACGGCGCUUCAAGUUCUACUGCAGAUGUGCAAGACAUAAAUGCUACAACUGCAGAGGAACCUCCGCAAAGAAAAAUCCCCGAACCCAGUGACCCCAGAAAGAAGGGAGAAAAGAAAAAGGGUGACUCAGGAUGGUUUCAUGUUGAAGAAGACAGAAAUACCAAUGUAUAUGUGUCUGGUUUGCCUCCAGACAUUACAGUAGACGAGUUUGUACAGCUCAUGUCCAAGUUUGGCAUUAUCAUGCGAGAUCCUCAAACAGAAGAAUUUAAGGUCAAGCUUUACAAAGAUAAUCAAGGCAAUCUAAAAGGAGAUGGGCUCUGUUGUUACCUGAAGAGGGAGUCUGUGGAGCUUGCGUUGAAGUUGUUGGAUGAUGAUGAAAUCAGGGGCUACCGAUUACACGUGGAAGUGGCCAAGUUUCAAUUGAAAGGGGAAUAUGAUGCCUCGAAGAAGAAAAAGAAGUGCAAAGACUAUAAGAAGAAAUUGUCUAUGCAACAAAAGCAGUUGGAUUGGAGACCUGAAAGAAAAACUGGGCCCUCCCGAAUGCGCCAUGAGCGAGUUGUCAUCAUCAAAAACAUGUUUCAUCCUACGGACUUCGAGGACGACCCAUUGGUACUGAAUGAAAUCAGAGAAGACCUUCGAGUAGAGUGUUCCAAGUUUGGACAAAUCCGGAAGCUCCUGCUGUUUGAUAGACACCCAGACGGUGUGGCCUCUGUGUCUUUCCGAGACCCAGAGGAAGCUGAUUCCUGUAUUCAGACCUUUCAUGGAAGGUGGUUUGGUGGCCGCCAGAUCACCGCUGAAGCAUGGGAUGGAACUACAGAUUAUCAGGUGGAAGAGACCUCAAGAGAAAGGGAGGAAAGGCUGAAAGGAUGGGAGGCUUUCCUCAAUUCUUCUGAGGCCCACAAAGGUCUUCAGCUUGCAAAUUCUGUUGAUGGUUCAGAGAAGGCUGGCCCUUCCAGAGUAAGGCACCUUUCCGAGCACACGUCCACAUCAAAAGUGAAUGUCCCAGAAGCUGCCAUGGAAGUGGCAUUUGAAGAGCCUAUCAAUGAAAAGAAGUUUGAAAAAGCAGAAGAUGAGGGCAAGUUGAAAGAAGAUGCUGCUGGGAAAGAUGCUAAGGAAGGAGGCCCCCAAAAUGAGGUUGCAGACAGUUGUCUCAAAAGAAAGCAAGAUCCCUGCCCUGGUGGAGAAUCUGGAGAAGACAGUGCUAAAAACUUACUGGAAGAGGGUAAUCCUAAAAAGAAACCCAAGCAUGAUCAUGGAGAGAAGAAGCUUCCACGGGGGCCCAGAGAAGAUGGCUCGGAGGGAGACUCACAAAAGCACUCUAAGAAGCAAUUCCAAGAUGGCGCUGAGAAAGAAGCUGAAGAGAAUAGUCUCAUGAAGAAGUCCAACCAGGGGGCUCUUCCAAAUCCUCUGAAGAAACAAGGAGGAGAAAAUUUCUCUAACGGAUCAGAGUUAGGUGAGGACAGCUUGGAGAAAGUAUUAAACGAAGAAGCCUCUGAGAGGGAGUUGGGUAAACAGCCAAAAGUAAAGGAAAAAAAGGAGGAGACACGCGAAACAUUCUUUGGUGAAAAGAAAGGCAAAAAAAUAGAGAUGAGCAGGGAGAAGGAGGUGCCAGAGGGAAGUUCUUGAAAGAACCAGGCAAGAAGGAAGUGAAGAGGCAUGUGCCUGAAGAUAAAGAAGACAACCAGAAACAAGGAGACAGAUAUCUUAUGACCAGAAUUCCAUUGAGAAGUUGUUGGAAGAUUCUGAUGAGUGAGAGGAGUAUUAAGAGCAUCCAGAAAGAGGGGCUCCUCUCCUCAAACAGCAGUUUUUUCCUCAGUUUCAAUGAUGCCAAUGAAGGCAAAGCUGUUUAAUCCCUUAAACUUACUGUUCAGAGAAAGGCUCUCUUUCUGUCUCUGUCUCUCUCUUACCCUAUCUCUCUCGCUCCCUCUCUCUGUCUCCCUCUCCCUCCCUUUGCCCAUGUGUCAGGGUAAUUACCAGUAGUGUCACAUGAACAUUUGCAUAGUGGUAGGAGGCCAUGAGUUUGACAUUUUCAUCAGUACCUGUACUUAAUGACUUUAUAUAUGUUCCAUGGCUAUUGAGCUAAUACUACAAAUAAACCGCAUACUUGUUCUUAGUUA